GUUCGGUUCGGCCGGGGCGGGACAAGCGGAACGAACGGGACUGGGCCAUAACAGGCAGCGGUACCGGAACUGGAGUUAUUUUCUGGACCCGGCGGCAAGCGAUGACGUCACGUGCUCAGGAAGGAGUUUGUCAGUGUUGUGACGCUUUCACAAACAAAUUUGGUCAGAACCAGAACCGGUACCGCAGAGAUGAACUGGGACCAGCUGCAGCUCAAACCGCGGAUCAUCUCCGCAGUUCAGAGAGCUCAUCUGAAGUCUUUUCGGGAGGUUCUGGUUUUCUCUGAGCCGGAUCUUCAGAAAAUGACCGGACUGUCCCGCCCAGAUGUCCAGGAGCUGCUCCAUGCUGCCGCCACCGCCUGCAGGACCCGUCAGCCAAUCACAGCCCUCCAGCUGCAACGAGGUGAGUGCCGCAGGUUAGAGUCCGGCCUGCGGCUCGGUACUGGCUGUCCGGUUUUGGACCAGCUGCUUCGCGGAGGACUGCCAGUGGGGGGCGUCACUGAGCUGGCGGGAGAGAGCGGAGCGGGGAAGACCCAGCUGGGCCUGCAGCUGUGCCUGUCUGUGCAGUAUCCGGUGGAGCACGGAGGCCUGAGUGCAGGUGCGCUGUACAUCUGUACCGAGGAUCCGUUCCCCAUCCGGCGGCUGCAGCAGCUGAUCUCAGAGCAGACGUCGCUGCGAUCUGACGUCCCGCCAUCUCUGAUUGGCCGCCUCCGCUUCUCCGACAACAUCUACUUGGAACACGCUGCCGACCUGGACUCGCUGCAGGUGUGUCUGUCUCGGCGCGCCGCGCUCCUAUUGGCCCAGGGCCGAGUCCGGCUGGUCGUGGUCGACUCGGUGGCGGCGCUGUUCAGGUGCGAGUUCCAGCCUGGUGAUUGGCUGGAGAGGAACAAGCAGCUGCUCACCGUUUCCUCCAUGGUGCAUCACCUGAGCCACGAGUUCACCACCCCUGUUGUCUGCAUCAACCAGGUCACAGAUGUUUUCCACCAACCAGAGAGCAGCUCCAGCUCUCCAUCCUCUUCAGUGAGUCCCGCCCUCGGUCUGGCCUGGGCCAAUCAGGUGACGGUUCGACUGAUGAUGCGCCGUCUCCAGGUGACGGUUUCCCGUGGCGACCAGAGCAGCGCUCUGCGUAGGUUGGAGGUGGUGUUCGCUCCUCACCUGGCCCGGAGCAGCCGGGACGUCGCCGUGUGGAGGGAGGGGCUCCGCGGGGUUUUGGACCCGGUUCUGGCUCCAUUUGGACCUGAUGUAGCUCAGCAGGAAAUGGUUCUGCCACUUCCUCUGGGUUCCGUCUGACCCGAUGGAGAUGCUUCUGGGUUUCAGCCGGGUCAGAAUGAAGUUCUGGUGGGUCCGGCAGCUCGGGACUCCGGUCCAGAGUGGAAUCAUGAUGACUGUCAUUCCGGGUCAGAACCACCUCAGGUCAUGAUAAUGCCUUCACUGUCCCCAGGACGUCAGGACUCUCCCUGGGAUCCGUUACAGUUUAACCCGUCUGCCGCCACCAGAACCUUCAAUGAUCCAGAAACGUUUGUUUACAUCAGAACUCAGAAUCAGAACGUCAGGUGGUGAUGACUUCCUGCCUGUGGCCAAUCAGAACGUCAGGUGGUGAUGACUUCCUGCCUGUGGCCAAUCAGAACGUCAGACUUGAUACUCCUGUUGUGUAAAUACAUUUAUUUAUUUUUAGGGUCAAAAAAGAUAAAAAGUUGUAAAGUUUUUUUUUGUAUGUUUGUUUUUUUGUUCUGCAGGAUUGAAAGUGAUGAAAAAACUAAGAAUACAUAAACUCCAACCUAAUUAAAACA